AUGUCCACUCUUGGCACCGACCGCACCCUCUGGGACCGACCUAUUGAUAUCUUCGGUUACUCUCCAAAGCUCACGGUAAUCAUUCUAGAGAUUAUUCCUUCGAUAAUUGGAAUUGCUCUAUUCCUUGUGUUCGCCAACCGUUACCGACUAGAGCCCGUCUACAUUCGAACAAGCCCGUUGCUCUCGAUCAAGCUGAUCCUCUCUGCUGCCCUCGUUGCGCUGAAGGUUGCUGCUUUAAGCUUGUACAAAUAUGGUACCCGUGAUCAGACGAGCACUGCAAUACCUGCGGCCUCGUUUGAACUUGUCGCUGCUACUAAUGUCGCCAUCAUGGUGUAUGUGGGUCAUAAGCACUCCGUUCGUUCCUCGUCCCUCUUUGCGUUGUACCUUUUAUCCACCUUCUUGGUGGACAUUGCAAAGAGCCGAACGUUUCUUCUGCGUUCUGGACUUGACGCGCUCGGAGGCAUUGCCGUUGCUGCGGCCUCUUUGCGCCUCUGUCUAAUCAUUCUCGAAGAAAUACCGAAAGAGUCUCUCAUCAUCAAUGACCAAGUCCGAGAAACGACUGGAAAGCAGGCCGCAAGUGGUUUCCUUACGAGAACCUUUUUGCUAUUCCUGGACCCCAUUUUCAUGACCGGCUUCGGUGAGGUUGUACGACAUCAGGACAAGGAUAAGCUUGGCCAAGACCUAUCUUCCAGACGAUUAUUUAACGAGUUACACGAGCAAUGGAGUCACGACAGUAUCGCCCAAUCACGAUUUCGACUGCUUCGUUCGUGUUUAUGGGCCUGGAAAUGGGACAUGCUCUUGCUCAUGUGUCCUCGCUUGCUCAAUGCUGUGCUCAACUUUCUUCAACCUCUUCUUAUAGAGCGAGUCAUUCGGAUAGCAGAGUUCGACAAUCAUGGCGAGGGGUAUUUGAUCUCUGUUGGAGAAAGGUGUGGCAUGUCCGUUGGCACACUCAUUCUCUACAUUACCCUUACUUUGUCGAGGACUUCGGCCAUGCAGCGAACAAAUCGUUUCAUCACAAAGGUUCGCGGGGGCGUUGUUGCCCAACUCAUGGAGAAGACGCAUGUUCUCAGUGAGCGCGACGCCAAAAAGUCCGCAGUGCUUACGCACAUAGACACUGAUAUGGAUGAGCUCAUUCGUAGCCUGGCCAGCUUUAUCGAUGUCCCUCUUACAAUUUUUGAAGUUGGGCUUGGCGUGUAUCUGCUGUCAAAGUUUAUUGGCUCUUCUUGCUUCUUCGUCUUGUUGCCUGUUCUCGGCACUAAUAUUUACUCCUAUCUGCUCAGCCUUGCCAUUGCCCCUGCGGCGGCCAAAUGGAACAGCAGCACAGAGAUCAGGCUCGCAAAGACUGCAGAAGUCAUCAAACAACUGCCGGCUAUUAAAAUGCUGGGACUUGGUCCUACCAUGCUUGAUCAGAUCCACAAGCUUCGCGUUGAAGAAAUGGAGAUGUCUAAACCAUUUCGCUUUUUUAUGGCGCUUAUGAAUAUGACGCAGCAGCUUGCCGAUAUUGGCACGCCCGUCGCUGUAAUUGCGGCCGCGUUCUUCUUGAGUGGGUUCGACGGAAGAUUGUCUUCUUCGCAAGUGUUCCCAACCCUCGCCGUUGUGAGUCUCAUUCAGGCCCCUACAGCCAGAGCUCUGAGCGCGUACUCGGACAUCGCAAGCAUGACUGCGUGCUUCGGCCGAAUUCAAAAAUAUCUUCUUCUAGAAGAACGCAAUGAUUCACGGGUCAAAUGGGACCCCUCUGCCAGUCCUCAAACUUAUGAGCUCCUACCCACGCACUAUGGUUCGGAAGUAAUGAGAUCGCGCCAGCCUGCUCAUAGCCCUGGGGGCAUCAUUCAAUUUGCCAACGCCAGUAUUGGACCAGCUGAGAUGGACGAGCGUUUGCUCUCAGAAAUCACUCUCGCUUUCCACCGCGGCUCAGUAUCAGGUGUCGUUGGCCCAAACGGCUCUGGCAAGUCGACUUUUCUUCAGAGCAUCUUAGGCGAAACAAGAAAUGAUAACGGUUACGUUUAUACCGACAAAGUUAACAUUGCCUACUGUGGGCCCGAUGUCUGGCUCAAGGAUGCGUCUAUCCGCGACAACAUCAUUGGCCACUUCAAGUUUGAUGCCGUGCGAUAUGCAGACGCAAUAGAAGCGUGUCAGCUUGGCGAAGAUUUGGCACGACUGCCUGGUGGCGACGGUUAUUUUGUUGGUGCGAAUGGCCUCAUGUUGACUAGCGGGCAGCGCCAACGCGUCUGUUUAGCCAGAGCUGUAUUUGCACGCUGUGACAUUACUAUCAUCGAUGACAGCUUCAGCUCCCUCGAUCGAACGACUGCAACGCAAGUUUUGUUUGACCUGUGCGGCCCGGAUGGUGCUCUGCGAAGAGCCGGCUCUACUGUCCUCCUGUCGACGUACCUGCCCGAAGUUUUGGAUGUCGCCGAUGCGAUGAUUACUAUACACGAAGACGGACAGGUAACUCUGGAUCGGGCUGGUCACAUCAACCCCACUCGUCUUCCAAAGAUUCGGCGAUACCUGAGCUCAGCCAGACCGUGGAUCUCUGAAGAAGCCGAGGCCAAAGAAAAGGCUCUUAUCAGCUUAUCAUGGCCUACCAACCGGAGGAAUUCUGCUGAUUUGAACGAUGAUGCUAGCAAGAAGAUUGGCUUUCUAAAGCUCUAUCUCACUUUCAUUGACAGCGCCGGAAGGUGGACAUGCUUCGGAAUGACUCUUCUCGCCUUGCUAUUGGCCAGCAGCGAAGUUAUACCCCAGUUAUACAUGCGAGUUUGGACUGAAGUUGGCCCAACUCAAGGCUCUUUCUUUAUUGGUUACGCGUUCCUUUCUGCCUUUGCUUGCUUUCUUGUCGCUUACAUUUAUUGGUUACUCUAUUGUGUUGUUGCUGUGCGUGCCGCUGUGACACUCCAUGGACAGCUUCUCAAAACCACUAUGCGCGCCACGAUGGGCUACCUCACCAGCACGAAGCCGGACAAUCUUUUGAGUCGAUUCAGUCUGGAUUCCAGCCUGCUCGCCAGGAUUCUUCCUUACUACUUUUUCCGGAACCAGUACAUGUUUUUCGAGUGUUUGGCGACUGUUGGCAUUCUUUUGUCAAAUGUGACAUAUAUGUCUGCGGCACUUCCUGCGAUUUUAGUUGCAGUUGUUCUAGUCCAGAGGUUCUACCUGAGAACCUCGAGACGAGUACGUCACUUGAACCAUGAUGAGAGGACACCGUUAUGCACUUUCUUUACUGAGACUACAAACGGCCUACUUCACAUUCAAGCCUUUGGCUGGCGCGAGCAAAACUUGGCAAAUGGCUACCGCCUCCUUGACAACUCGCAACAGCCUUAUUAUCUCAUGCUAUGUAUUCAGCAAUGGCUAUGGCUGAUUCUUGGCCUCGUGGUUGCAUCUGUGGCGUUUACUUUGGUGUCCGUUGUUGUAUGGACAACACACGGCAGUUCAGGGUCCGCGGUAGGGAUCUCAUUUUUAGCUGCCAUGGAGCUCCCCCGAUUGUCGGUUCUCGCACUCGAAGUUUGGGAUGGAUCUGAACCAGCAGUCGCUGCGCUCGCAAGAUUGGAAACAUUUAAAAAUGAUACACCUCAAGAAAAACAGCCUACAGAAGGAGCCAACCUGGAACGAGAUUGGCCAUUUUCUGGUGUUGUUGAAAUGAGCGGAGUGUCGUCUCGUUAUAAACCAGCUGAUGAUGUGCCGCCGGUCCUGCGAGAUUUUACAGUUGCUGUUGAUGCCCAGGACAAAGUUGGCAUCAUCGGACGAACAGGCAGUGGGAAAAGCUCUAUUUUGAUGACAUUGCUUGGAUUUAUGUACUACAGUGGCACUGUGGAGAUUGAUGAAGUCAACAUUGCGGACAUUGAUCCUGAUGUUCUUCGAUCGCGUGUCAUCACCAUCACCCAAGAUCCGGUGCAGUUUAACGACACUGUGAGGAGGAACCUCUUGCCAUUUACAAUGAACGAUGAAGACAUCGACGAUGCAGAAAAGAAAGCGAAGAGAGACCAAGAUCUAACGAAUGUGCUCACCGAGUUGGACUUGUGGGACCAGCUGGCCCAGAAAGGCGGCCUUGACGCGAUGCUUCCGGAUGUGGGGUAUUCCAAGGGCGAGAUGCAGCUAUUCUCUAUAGCUCGAGCCAUCAUUCGCCGCCAAGAGACUGGCAGCAAUCUGGUCCUGAUUGAUGAGGCAACGAGUAAGCUUGACGCCCUGCGAGAAUCGGACGCUCAACAAGCCAUGCACGCCGAGUUUCAAGAUUGCACAGUAAUCACAGUUGCACACCGGCAGGAGACGACCGAAGGGGUAGAUUUCAUGAUCGCGAUGAAUGGCGGAAGGAUGGAGAACUUACUGACGCCGCAGACUGCACCCAUGUUGUGUGGAUUUCGCUGA